AUGACACGCACAGACCCUCCUGACAUACUGGUAUCAACUGUGCAUCGAGAUAUUAAAGUGGUCCCCAUUUCUUCACACUACAAGUCCCUACAACCCUCCAAACAAUGUGAUUCUAUAAAUUACAGCACACUGGAGGACAGUAAGAGUAAAGUCAACAAGAGGCACUGCCGUUCCUUUGACUACAGGUCAUUGGAGUACCCAAAAUCACACAAAUACUCAAUGGAGUCCCCAUACAAGAAGGCUGAUAGGCAUGCAGCCAACCCAGAUGUUGCCUGGAAUGCCUUGGGCCGCCAGCAGAGACACCGUUUUUCUGCUCCGGACAUUUUCAGCCAUAGGUUAACUCCUCAACCAAUGGCUGCAGAUAUGACCAGUGAAGUCAUUGUCUCUGAACAAAAAAGAAGGAACAGGUCAAAAAGUGCCCCUCGGGUCCAGACCAGUUUUACCCCUGUGUCUUUUGAAGGGUCCUCAUCUUCGGUGAGGAAGGGCAGGGAGUCCCAAAGGGCUCCAAGAGACUCUCGCUGGAGGCCUGAAGUAUCACCGCGUAGGGAGUCCUCCCAAGCAGCAACUAGGGCUCAUAGGCAUGAAGUCCAUCCCAUUAAGUUGCAGCCUCAAAUGGGUGACAGCAGCAGAUACUCACCACACUAUGCUGCUGAUAAUUCUGAGGAUGGCGGGCUGGAUAAACCAGCAACUAGCCCUCAUGUCAGGUGUCGGGUUGACAUCAAACCUGAUGAUGCAGCAUUACAUCAUUCAGGACGAAAACAGGCUACACAUCAAGUGGACAUACCCUGGCAGAGGCACCAUAGUGCCGGGAGUAGGAGUCUGACUGUGCCACGCCAUUUCUCCUACUCAAGAACACCAACUCCCACUGAUUCAUUAGGCACAGAGGGUAGGCAAGCUUAUCAAUAUUCCCGCAGCAUGCCAAAUAGUUACAUCCAACCCAUGGAGAUUCCCUUGCAAAGAAUGACUUCGUCAGGUGAUUACUAUGGAAGGGAACGUAGAGCUCAUUCCAGUCCCAAUGUGCCAACCAAGUUCUUUUAUGCAGAUGAUCCAGGGAGAUAUGUGACUACUGCUCCUCCUCAACCAAGUUCUGGCUUUCAUGAUGAACGUUACACACCAGGACAAACAUAUACUCCAAAAGUGCAAUAUGUGCAAGAUCCAAGGACUCGAAUGGUGCAUGCUGUAACUACAAGACCCUAUUAUCCUGAGAUGGAGCCCUAUCCAUGCUCUGUGCAGACAGGGUAUCCCAAACCCUAUGCAGCAAAUGAACCAGGGCCAUACAUCAUACAGACACCUCCAACAAGAAUAUUUUAUGGUGAUGAUCCAAGGUCUUAUCAAAUCCAGACUGCUCCUCCAAGGUUUUAUUAUUCAAGCGACAUGUAUGCAAUGCCACCAGAGCAUCAUAUUCCAGCAAGGGCGUAUUACACGGAGGGCCGAAGACAUGCUAGAGUUAUUCAGUCACAAACAGAUGACUGGUAUGGCUCAGAUGCAUCUGGUUAUUCCACCAAUCCUGCCUCUUAUGUAUCUCAAGUCACUCCAACCAGAGUCCGUCAAGAGCCUGUGUUAACACCAUGGUAUGCCAACCCAUGUGUAGAACCUCAAAGAAUUGGAACAGAAUCUAAAUCUUACUCAAGGUCCUGGGACAAUAUUCUAAACUCACGCGUAGAGAGGGAACAACCCAUUCCUGUACAGCGGGGUCAGAGUUAUGAUGAUCUUCUUGACUCCAGGAAGCCUGCAGCAGCCACAGGUGACAAACCACAACCAGUGGUAGUCAAUCUUUCCAGUUCACCAAGGCGCUAUGCGGCCUUAUCAAUGUCUGAUAGCUCACUAAUUGACAAAAGCCCAACAGAGACAUCAAAGAGCACUCCUAGUAAACUCUGGUUUGUCACUCCUGAGAUAACAAUCACUGAUAAUGACAUUCGACCAGGGAAACUUAAUAAGGCUGAAGGACGGUCUGCCAGUUGGGAAAUUCUUGACUCCAGAAGCCCAGAGUGUCCAGAACUGUCACAGCGAGACUUUGAAAGCUCAACCAAAGAGAAGUUACACGACAAUGCCUCACUACAGCAAAGCCUUGAACAACUUGAUGAGCUUCUGGCAGAUCUUGUGACCGAUUACAAGCCACCCAGUAGAAGGGCAAGUGAGGACAUUCUUGAUCAACUUAAGAAGUUAAUUGAUGAGGAAGAAGCAGUAUCUCUGUCCAGAAAGAGCUCACGGGCAUAUACAGAGGAACCAGCUCCUCUUGACAAGCAGCCAACCUCAAUAAGAAUGAAUCCUGAUGCUUUUCGUGACAUGGACGGGGCCAGCGAUGCAAUGAAGAGUGCAGAUGAGUGCUCUCCAGAUCAGAGCCCAGAUGAGGAUGAUACAAUGAUGUGCUCGAACAACAAAUGCCGGAGGACAGAGACCCUGUUCAAUGCUUGCCUAUAUUUUAAAUCCUGCCACAGCUGCUACACUUACUACUGCUCUCGCAACUGCCGAAGGGAGGACUGGGACAUUCAUAAAGAAAGCUGCCUGUAUGGCAGAAUUGGCAGCAUAUGCCGUCACAUCAUUAAACACUGCCGGGAGACUGUUGAAAUCCACAAAGCCUUCUCCCGUAUUGCCAAAGUUGGCUACCUUUCUCGAGGUAGAGGAGUUCUAUUCCUUGGUUUUCCAAAUCCUGCGUCAUCCAGUAAAUUCCUGCAGUAUGGCCUGGAUAGUCUACUUAUGUCUCCUACAUACCUGUCUCUCCGAGAGCUUGAAAGCUUCAAGGACAACCUAGGGGAGUACUGUAAGGAGCUACAGGAAGCUGGUACCGAGUACGACCCUAACGAAUGUUUCAUCUUGAAUGUAUCCAUUGCUGUUGGUGACCAGUUGCCUGAUGGGCCAUCUCCAAGAAACCAAGCUCCAACUGUCAGAAAAUAUGCAAAGGUAGCACUGGCUUCUUUUAGCCCUGAGAGAAAGGUUCAUAAGAAAGAGAGUGACAUGGAAACGCUGAUCCUCACUCCACCCCCUGGAACAGCAGAUAUUGACAAAGAGGGAGAGGAAGGCAGGAAGGCCAGGGAAAUCUGUUUUAUAAAUAUACAACGGGAGUUAAGGAUUCGAGGGGUUUUCCUACGCCAUGAGUACCCACAGGUAUAUCAGCAGCUCUGUGAGUUUGUGGAAAGUAACAGAAGGUUCACACCCACAACUAUUUAUCCUAUUGAUAAGAGGACUGGUAAACAAUUUAUGUGCAUGAUUAUGGCUGCCUCUGAGCCCAGGACGUUAGACUGGGUAGGCACCCCACAUCUCCUUGAUGACAUUAUUUAAGUGCACCUUUUGUUGUAAAUAUAUAUGUAUAGAAAUAC